CUUCCAUCAAUAAGCGAACAUUAACAAUGGAGCUACCUCAGAUAGGUAAAUGCUGUGACAAUACAUCAUGCAAACAAUUGGAUUUCUUACCAUUACAAUGCAAGUGCAAGAAGAUCUUUUGCUCACAGCACUUCAGAGAACAUGUCACCACCUGCACCUUAACGAAAAAUUUGCAAGUCUCUGAUUUGAAAAAAAUAGAUGAUCUUUAUAAAUGCUCCCAUCCCAAUUGCAAAGAAACCAGCAUUAUUCCAUUAAUGUGUGAGAAAUGUAAGCAGCACUUCUGCAUCAUACAUAGACACAUAAGUGAAUGCUUCAAGGAAGAUCCUCAAAUUAAGGCUGCUGCCAUUCAAAAACUGAAUGCACCAAUUGAACAAUUCAAUAAGGCUAAAGAUAUUCUUGAUAAACAAAUUGAACUGAACAUCAGUGCUGUAAAGAAAAAGAGUAAAAAUGCUGAGAUGGUGAACAAAAUUCAAUUGAUGAGAAUAAAAAAUAAAGCAAAUGGCCUAAAGACAAUUCCAACAACAGACAGAUUGUACUUCAAUGUUAAACAUCCCAAAUCAAGUGGAUGCAAAAGCAGUCCUUUGUUCGUUUCAAAAACAUGGACUGUGGGUAGAGCUAUUGAUGCAGUUGCUGAUGAAUGUAAAGUUCAAAAUAAAAAUAAUCAAAGUGCAGCAUUAAAAUUAAGGCUGUUCAAAGAGGAUGGAGGGGAUAUUAUUUCAAAAUUAGUUUCAGAUAAAUUGGAGGAUUUGAUUGCAGCAAAUCUUCUAUAUAAUGGUGAAAAUCUUGUUUUAGAAUAUGUUGAUGAUGCUUGUCUCAGAUUAACUUAAAUUAAUAAUAAAAAUGUG